AUGCGCGAGUUAGCCAAGAUCAAGGAGGCCUAUAGACAACGACCACGGUACCACCCAGAGGCGAAGACAUCCCCAACCGCUAAGGAGACGGAACCCCAAACUGGAAUAACAACAAGGCCGGUACUGGAACCAGGCCCAACUCAGGAUACCCGCCCGGGGCGUAGCAGAUCACCCAUUAAGAAGAAAGUACAGAAACGCCAAAAGUCAACAGGCGGCGAUACACAGCAUGAAAACAACAAAAACGACGAAAACACAAUCACAGUCGCCCCAGAGAAGCCCAGACCAAGGAGGUAUAACGUCAGAAAAUCAAGAGACACCGUUAUGGCUACGCUCCUCCGCGACCCUCGGAUCGAUAAAUACGACAUCAUCGCUAUCCAGGAACCAUGGAAGAACCCAUUUAACGCCACAACACACCACCCAGCAAAGGACCGCUUCCACCUCUGCUAUCCGUCGAACAGAGAGGGAGGCCCAGCCAGGGUCUGCUUCUUCGUAAACAAAAAGCUGGACCACUCUAAGUGGCAGUUUAAGGAACACAGCAAGGAUCUCUGUACCCUCACCAUUGGAUCAGAGACUGACCAGGGCGUCAAAAUUGCCAUACACAACAUAUAUAAUCCCCAAAAUCAGGAAGAGGGAGAGAAAACGGUCCUACAACAACUACGAACAGCCCUAGAAACCAACAAUCACAUCGAGCAAAUAGUGGUGGGGGACUUUAACCUCCACCACGAACUAUGGGGAGGAAGCGACAUUCGAACGACAGACGCGGGAGCCAGGGAACUGGUAGAACUCAUGGACGACUCCGACCUCAUCAACCAGCUACCCGCGGGAACAAUCACAUACAAGGAAGGAGACUAUAGCUCAACGAUAGACCUGUGUCUACUUACAGUAGGACUCAUCGAAAGGCUUAUUAAGUGCGGCAUAGAAGACGAAGUAAACCACGAUUCAGAUCACCUUCCGAUAGCAACGUCGCUAGACCUCACAAUCGCGCAACUACAACCAGAGGAAAGGAGAAACUGGAAAGCCCUAGACGAAAGGGUAUUCAUAAGGGCUAUUAAAAGGGAGCUCCCACCACUAAGGAGGCCAAGAACAAAGUCUGCCCUCGAUAAAUAUGUCCAGGACAUCACUGAAGCCCUCAGUAUAGCGACUGAAGAAGCGGUACCAAAGAAGAUCUUGUCCCCCAAAUCGCGAGCCGGCUGGAGCGAAGAGUGCGAGGAGGUCCUGGCCGAGACCAAACGACUCCGAAGACGGUUCUAUGCGGAACACACAGAACAGAACUGGGAAGAAUAUAUCAUAGCCCGAAACAAGAAAGGCCGGACGAUAAGAAAGGCGCUACAAAAGGCACAUCGCGAGGCGGUUGAAACAGCAGCAGAAUCACCAGAAUCACUCUGGAGGAUUGCUAAAUGGGCCAGAACCAGACAGAACCAAAUGCCGACAGUCACGCCAGAAAUCGCCAAGCCAGGUAGUAAUCAUACGGCAACCACACCUGAAGAGAAAGCAGAGCUCUUUCGGGAAACAUUCUUCCCAGCACCACCAGAAGCAAACCUAGAGGACAUACAAAACGCAACAUAUAGAGACCAGAUCACGCUCCCACCAAUAUCCGAGAACGAGGUAGAGGAAGCAAUAAAGAAAACAGCACCGCGUAAGGCACCCGGCCCAGACGGCAUCACGAACAGAGCGCUACAAAUCGCCAAACCAUGGAUCAGCCCUCACCUAGCCAGGGCAUUUAACCAGAGCCUCCGCAUCGGUUACUGCCCCCAGCACUUCAGGAAAUCUACUACCAUAGUGCUACGGAAGCCAGGUAAAGAUAACUAUACAGUUCCGAAAGCAUAUAGGCCAAUAGCGCUGCUCAACACAGUCGGAAAGAUUAUGGAUGCAAUCAUAGCGGAAAGGCUAAGCUACCUAGCAGAGACAUACAACCUGUUGCCUAAGAACCAUAUGGGCGGGAGGAGACAGAGAUCGACGGAACAUGCCCUACACCUCAUUAUCGAUAAGAUAUAUGAGGCUUGGAACACUAGACAAGGGAUGGCGGCGAGCCUCCUUCUCCUAGAUGUCUCGGGGGCGUUCGACAACGUGUCACACCAGAGACUCCUACACAACCUCAGGAAGAGACGGAUUAACGAAUCCAUAGUACGAUGGAUUACUAGCUUCUUAGGAAACAGACAAACCCAAAUACACAUCGACGGAUACCGGUCAGAGCCUUACACGCUCACCACCGGCAUCCCACAGGGCUCUCCUCUUUCACCGAUCCUAUACCUAUUCUAUAAUGCAGAUAUCCUCGACAGAUGUAACCAAGGCCAGGAAACACUGGCCACUGGGUUUAUAGACGACGUAGCGAUCCUAGCAUGGGCAGAAACGACUGAAGAAACAUGCCGCAAGCUCCAAGAUGCACUAGACGAAGCGGAGGACUGGGCAACAACCCACGCCUCCGUUUUCGCGCCCGAAAAGUUCCAACUAGUCCACUUCACAAGGGCAAGGUCGAGAAUCAAUACCAAUACUCCACUACAGAGCAAAUGGGGGGAAAUACACCCCAAACCGACAUGCAAAUACCUUGGCCUCACGAUGGAUGCCAUACUUAGAUGGAAACAACACAUCGAUGCGAUAGAGCGUAAAGUCUCAAAAACCAUCUCCGCGAUCAGCAGCCUCGGGAGCUCCACCUGGGGAGUGAAGACCAAAGAAAUGCGAACAAUAUACCAAGGAGUAGCAAUACCACAGAUGAUGUAUGCCUGCUCAGCAUGGUCUAACUCCGGCUGGAGGGGAAAGGGAUACACAGACCGAACUCUCAAUAGACUGAAACGAUUACAAGCAAGGGCGGCAAGGGCAAUGUGCGGAGCCUUCAGGGCUACGUCCGCUCCAGCACUCGACGUCGAAAUGAACCUGCUACCGAUGGAGCAACGAAUAUGGAAACACAACAUCGACACGAUCAACAGGCUAGGCCCACCAGAGCAAGGCUGCGAAAGCACCCAGAAUAGGAGGAAGAGAAGAAGAAAGAAGAAGCAAAGGUUAAGCCCAAGACACACAAUCGAACAAGAGCUUCACAACAAACAGGGCAGUAACACCAGACCGAGCGAGCAGAUCCCACCCUUCAUCACCCCUCCAUGGUGGCAAGGGCCGCGCAUAUAUAUCGCAGACACUGCGGAAACGGCAGCAAAGGAACACCAGACAAGUCUCGAUAUAGAAAAUGAAGCGUUACAUAUCUAUACAGACGGAAGCGGCAUCAACGGCCACAUAGGAGCAGCGGCGGUAUGCCACACUACACGACAAACCCGUAGCUCAUAUAUGGGAGAUGACGCCACCUCAACAGUCUAUGCAGGGGAGCUGCGAGGCAUUAUCCUCGCCCUCGAGAUUGCGGAAGAGGAUAAACGGAAAGGGAACAACAGAAGUAAAAUCCUCAUCUACACCGACAACCAAGCAGCCAUCAGAUCGUCAGCCAAGCCGAAGGGCAAAUCAGGCUCCUACUUGCUCAAGACCAUUGCAGACAAGACACAGAAACUCCAGGAACAUGGACUUAAGACAGAGAUCCGAUGGGUACCCGCUCACACGGGAAUCCAGGGCAAUGAAGACGCUGACAUAGCAGCCAAAGAAGCCACAGGCUGGCGGCAGAACGGCCAGACGGGCACUAAGGCAGACACACCAAAGGAGCUAUACGCACUCCGGUCAACGCUUAAGACAUGGACGCAUAGGGAGGCAAAUAAAACGUGGCAAGCCGAGUGGUCGAGAGAGACACGAGGUAGAACCACCCAUCGUCACACGCCGAAACCAACAAAGAAAGUGUUACAGCUCCAUAGUGGGCUAAGCAAACGACAGAGCUCAAUCCUCGUGCAGAUGCGCACGGAAAAGAUCGGACUCAGGGACUUCCUCUUCAACCGAAGAGUUCCGGACGCCACGGACGCCAACUGCCAAUGCCGGGAAGGACGACAAACGGUAUCGCACGUCCUGUUGCGGUGCCGUAGGUUUCGACAACUCCGACGCCAGGAACUAGGAGCCAUCCCAGGACGACAUAACCUCCGGGUCGUAUUGAACGAACGCAAAGCAGCCGCGAAAGCCAUCAGAUUCAUGGAACAAACCGAGAUCCUUGGGCAAUUCAGGAUCGAGUCACAACCCAGACAAAGCUGA